AUGGUAUUCCAGAUGCCGUUCAAAUCUACCAUACAAACAGCUCUCCGCAAGAUGUCCAACUCUUACAGGAAGGAUCGGCAGGAUACCGUACUGUUAGAGCCUCCAUAUCUGGCUCUGCCAACCAGUCCAAAGCGAGACGAAGUGUACUAUAUAAUGGACGACUUCGACAACGCGACAAUAACUACCUACGAUUAUGAUGCAGAGAAAACCUACUACGAAAAUGAAACGUUUUACGAAGCUAAAUCAGCGCCUACACCGAUUCGACGGUCGAUCAAGCGGAAGCAUUCACCGAUUACGGUUAAACCACUCACAUCCUUGGAGCCUCUACACAUGUCAACGCCACAUUCCUUCUGUGAAAUGGAUCACUCGCCACCGGCAAAACGAGCACCGAUACUGAGGAGGAUCCCUCUGAAGCUGGACAUCCCACUGCAACAUCCGCCAGCAAUUCCUCCGAAAGAACACGAAGAAGAACAUUCUUAUAUGGAACCUAUCUGUCACCGGAUAAAGCAUGGUUUCAUCUACACAGUGGUAAUGAAGGCAAUCGAAGAAUGA